AGUAGGGAGGAGGGGAACCCGCAAGAUGGCCACUUCCAUGGAGAAGUUGAAGAACUGUCCCGGUUUUUCUUUACGGUUUUGGGGGGUUUCGGGGUCUUUUCUGGACAAUGUGAGAGUGUGUUUAGUUUCAGUUCUGGUUCUCGCUCUGGUCGAGCGGGGCUGCGGGAAUAAUAACGCCUACGAGCCCGAAGAGUUCCUGAAGCGGGAGUACUCGCUGACCAAGCCGUACCAAGGUCUGGGCUCCUCCAGUUCUUCACACUGGGAGUUGUCGGGAAACGCCAUGAUCACCCCCGAGCACGUGCGGCUGACCCCAGAUCUGCAGAGCAGACAGGGGGCCGUCUGGAGUCGCAUUCCGUGCUACAUUAGAGACUGGGAGCUCCAGGUCCAUUUCAAAAUCCAUGGCCAGGGCAAGAAGAACCUCAACGGUGACGGUCUGGCCAUAUGGCUGACCAAGGAGCGCAUGCAAGCAGGCCCCGUUUUUGGCAACAGGAACCUCUUCACUGGUCUGGGCAUAUUUGUUGACACAUAUCCCAAUGAAGACAAGCACCACGAGAGGGUCUUUCCCUACAUCUCAGCGAUGGUGGGGAACGGAUCGCUGGCCUACGACCACGAUCAGGACGGAAGGAACGUGGACCUGGGCGGCUGCGCGGCUUCCGUCCGCAACGUUGACUACGACACGUUCCUAUUGGUCAGAUAUAUGAGGAACACGCUGACGAUCAUGAUGGACAUAGAAGGCAAGCAGGAGUGGAAAGAGUGUUUGGAAGUCCCUGGUGUCCACAUGCCUCAGGGAUACUACUUUGGAGCCUCAUCAGUUACUGGAGACCUGUCAGACAAUCAUGACCUGAUCUCCUUCAAGCUGUUUGAACUGACAGUCGAGAGGAGUCCUGAGGAGCUGGAGAACGAGGAGGAGGUUCUGAUACCUAGCGUGGACUAUAGAGACGUCCCUGUGGACGUGGUGGAUGAAGGUAUGAGCACACUUACGCUCUUCUUCCUGUUCGUUUUCUCCGUGGUCGGACUCGUCCUGCUCAUCGUGGUGGCGCUCAUCAUCUACCAGCGCUGGAAGGACCGCAGCCGCAAACGCUUCUACUGAGCGAGAGAGAAUGAGAGGGUUCAAUAUGAGUGUGAGUGGUUUAAAGACUGAGCCCAUUCUGAAGUCUCUCCUCGCUGCUGCGACAAACUGACAUUACCUCUGAAGCCCAAACUAGACAAAGAGCCAUAUCUGACCUCUACUGAGAGAAACCAGCCGUUCUCCUCCCUUUCAGUUACUAAUGUUUAUAGCACAUUACUGUAUGAAGACGAGAGAAUAUUUGUGUGUGCGAGAGAAAGACAGGUGACUGUCUCUCCCUGUUCAGUUUUCACGAGUUUUGCACUUGCCCAAUCACCCUGAAACACGAAACGCGUUUGCGUAGUUUUGGAGACGAGGUGAAAUAAAUGCAGUUUUGUUUUUUUUUUAAAGCAGAAUUCAACUGAUUUUUCGAGAUUUUUGCAUAAAUCAGUGGCUGAUAUGUAAACUUGCAUUCAGAGUGGUUUGGUGUGAAAUGGUGGAUUGUAGAGACUCAGAUGUCUUUACAGUGGUGGUGAUAGGAACCAGGGGUCACCAUGUCUACAACACAAAUACAGACAUUUUAUUUACUAUCCAAAACCACCAGUCAACCUACACACGUCUUCUGAGUUUAUAUAUGUAACAUUGAUGAUGGUAAAAUAUGUUUUCUUUGGGGACUAUUGUCUUUCACAAUGCCCUGCUGGUACAUUUCCGCCAUUAAUGGAUUUUUUAAAACUACAUUUUACUAGUGAUGCAUUAAAAUGAAUUCUUGGCUGAACACAGAAACUGAAAAAGCUGGAAAUAAAUAACAGUUUACAUAAACAGAGAACUGCUGAAGUAGUUAGACACAGUUACCAUUUUCACUGUUGAUCUGCUACAGCUCGAACAGUUUGAAUGCAUUUGUAUUGAGCGGCACAGGAUAAAAAAACACCCUGGUUGACUUCAGUGUGGGUUAAAUAAAAUAGAGUAAUAAUGCUGGAAGAACAAAAGUAAAUGUAAAUGUAUAUCCAACAGAAGUUCAGUAGGAGUUAAGUGAAAGGCAGUAAUCCCCCCCGUCCUCUGUUCUAGCCUUGGCCCUCUGUAAACGAAAUGUUGAGAGCUCCUGUGAGAUGACAUCAACUGAGGUUAAGGCCCAAAUCGCUAAUUCGCAUUUUCAUUGCCAUUUAAAUUCAACUACCGCUGAAAACCUAUGAUUUUAGCAAGUUGUUGGAGGCCUAUUUAACUUUUCUUGGUAAAAAAUCGGUCUCUUUUGGCCAAUUUUUGACCAUUUUGGGCAGAACAUUUUUAAAUGGCUGACAUUUCUGCACAUCCAUAGUCAAAAUUAUCAACAGUGUCUCAGACAUCAGGCAGUGUAUUUCUAACCAUUUCAUGUAAUAACUUGCUGUGAGGGAGCUUUUAGAGGUGGAUGUCUGGUUCCUAUCAGCACCACUGUGAACAACUCUGACAUGGUAAGUGUCUCUAGAACGAAGCAUCUCACACCAAACCACUCUGAAUGACUUUUACAUUUCAUGCAGAAAUCAGUCAAGUUCCCCUUUAAGUGCUGUUCUGAUAGAAUAUGUAAUUUUUCCAUACAUUUACACAACAUGAAAGGAUUUCAACAGAUAUUGCUGCUCUUCCAGAAUUGAUCCUCAUAUUCAGUGUGUUUGACCUGCUGGAUGCUGGUGUUAUGGGACUUGUGAACAACACCGCUUGCUCGCUAUUGAACGUUAGCUCUGUCUUAGCCUGGUUUAGCUGGAGUUCAUGUUUUGAUACCAAGUACUAAACUUUAUCUUCUUGCCUUUUAAGUGUUGAUACCCUCUCGAACAUUGAAAAAAAAAUAGCAAUACAAUGGUUUGGUAACAGUUUUGCGUUCAUAAGGCUACAUCUCUCUUGUCAACUUGCCUAAACCUCUAUAGACAAUUAAGGCUUUUUCCAACAUUUAUUGGGAUGUAAUUGUUGGGAAAAGCGUUUAUGUAGAUGUCGUGAAACUUUAUGAAUGUUGUUACCCUUUUUGUUUGUUUGUUUGUUUUAAUAUGUUUUGUUUUCAAGAAAAUAAGUGCACUGAAUUCUGGGUAAUUGUGCUUAUGCUUGAACCAAUCCUGUUAGACGUCUGUUUGUCUUUUUUUGUUUACGUGAUUAACUGCUUAAAAUCAGCCAAUCGCAGGAAAGCACUAGAUCAGAUUUUGUGCUGGAAAUGUGAUGCAGUGAUGACUUACCAGUGCAUGGUCAUCAUAUGAUUUGAACGUUUUAUAUCAAUGCUGUGAAUAGGUGCGUUUUGAUUAGUUGGGUGGGGUGGGCGGGGUUUGCUGGGUUAUAGGGGCCUUUGGUAGGACAUUGUGUGGCGCAGUGAGAACAAAUUCAUCCAGCAUGAUGCAGAAACAAAACUACGGGGCCUUAUUUCAAUGCUCUGCUUGCACAAAUCGCAUGAAGUGAAACAGUUUUGCUCUUUUUCAUGAUUAGUGGAAGAGGUUCUGCUGCAAGUAUUAAAGGAAUAUUUCAACGCUUUUCAACCUAAUUUCUAUCUGCUGUGUCUCGGUUACUAGGAUCGAUAAUUUACACCAAAAUUACUUUAAUGGAAGCCAAUAGGCAGUGGCUCAAUUCUCUGAAUAAACAUUUCAUCAUGCAAAUUUAAAAUUACAACUGUAAACUUUUAACAAUACAUGAUUUAGGAGGAGAUAAGAGAGAAUGUCUUACCAAAGCUGAUUUUAUUUUAUCCAACUUUCUAACACUAGAGCAACCAAAAAGUAGUUCUGGUUACUUUCACUUUCACUAAGGUCUUUUGUAUCCAUAGCGAUCAAGCAGCAACCACAAAUUCUUCCCCCUGGAAACCUAGCCCCAUCUCUUAAAGAACAAAUUCAGAUUGACAGCUUAAUUUACAAAUUAAUUUGACUAAAGAACUCACAAGUUUGGCAUAAAAGUUUACUGAUUGAAUGAAGCAACUGCCCAUUGGCUUCAAUUAUAAUGGAGUCAACAGGUUAAUAGUGUACAGAUUCAGAGGACAGACAUUAGCUUGAAAAAUGCUGGAUUAUUCUUUGAAAGAACUAGUGACUGCAUAUGGCAUAUGCUUAUUUGCUUGAUCUAAAACUACAAGUCUGAAGAGUUUUCAUUGUAGCCGUCACUGUGACUGCAGGUGGUUGCUAUUUUUUUUUCUUUACACUGGAGCUCAAGCUCUUUGGAUUACUAAUAAGAGAUGGAAGGUUUGAUGGCAUCCUGAAUAGUCAUAGAAAGUUUAAUUCAGUGGUGCGUCUUCGUUAGUUGGAGACGGAUCAAAUGCUACCCUACCGAGUCAAGCUGUUUAAAAGCCUUAAAAGCCAAAUACUGUAGUCGGGUCUAGGUCUGUAUCAGUAGCAUUCAAUCCUUCUCAGACGUUGAAAUAGGACACUGUGUCCUAAUAGCACCUGGUUAAUUCUCAAUGUGUGGACAUGUUCUUUUACCAACUGUUUACUUGAAUUCUGUUGAUUUUAAGUACGUUGUAAAUACAAGAGCAGAUUUUAUAACUUGGCGUUAGCGUCAAAUCAGUGCUUUUGGAAGCCGAUGGAUCAAAAUGAGAAACAUUAAAAGCUAAAUUUAUUUGGCCAAAGUCUAGUCUUUGAAACCACUGUUGUAAAGUCUCAUCUGUCGUGUCAAAUACAUCAAAAUAAAAGAUUUUUUUUUU